AUGGAAGAACAGGCCAAUAAUGGAGACACCUACAGAAAAGAAGAUUCUGAAAAUUUGGGAGGGGAUGGAAGUGAAUGCUCUGACGCUAUUAACAGCAAGAUCGGCUUUUCAACAGAUACUACGAGUACAUUUGUUUCCAAAGCUUUCCAAACAGCUGUCAGUCCGUUUAGCUGGCAAAGAACCCAUGGUCAAGCUGAAGAGCUAUUCAACAAUACAGGCUCAUAUCAAAAAAGCCAGCCCAGUUCUGUUAAGGAAACAAUGAAUAGGUUGCCGGAAAAGGCUUUUUCGCCUAAAAAGAGUACUUCCAGCUCUUUGAAGAAUAACAAGUCAAGCAGCUCUACCGGUGUCAGUUCCAUUUCAGAACUAAAAUCCAUAGAACAUGCAAGGAAACAGUUGCGUGAGAGGUCAAGUUACACAACUUUCAAAAUCCUUUCUAUAAUUGCAUUAUUGCUGUUUUUACCACCCAUAUUGUCAUUAUUCGUCGAUCUCUCCUGUAUGGGCUCUUCGGAUUAUUGUGUGUCUCACAUGGAGAUGCAUAUGGACAACAUUGCAGCUAGACCAGAAUUCGGGAGGCUUUUAGUCAAAAUUGCCAAAGGAAUUGAAAUUAUCUCCGAUAAUGCUUAUGGUGGUCCCUUAAAGGCAGAAAACAUAGGACAGUUUUUGGGUAGCUCGUUGAAUAAAACCGGAACUGUCUAUAAGCUGAACCACUUUGGAUAUUGUCGGCUGGAGAAGGGGAAUCCUACUAUUGAAGAGAAUCCAGAAGACUGGUUUGAAGAGUGUCAUACCCUAUUUGAUGCUACGGAUGUUCCAAGUGUUCUUCUCAAAGAUAUUGCUUUUGAAGUGGAAUACUCGGAGGGGUUGGACUUCACAACUUCUGAAAGAGUCUCCAGCGACAUGGUUUCUCUUUUUAGAAAGCAGCUUUUUAAAUCACACACUUCAGAGAGUAAACUAGUUCGGUAUGCUUCGAUGGGACUUUCUUUCAGUAUUGCAUUUGUUAUUCUUAAAAUUGUGGCACUUGUGUUUGACACUGCGGCUCUAUUCUUGGUCUUUGGAAUAGCUGUUCAUAUUAAAAAGAGAACCGGUCAAAUAUCCAACAGCAAAGUGAAAGGCUGGUUAAUUUUAUCCACGGGAUGUAUUAUAUUUUCCACUCUGGUACAACUCCUGACAAUGAUCUUUGAACGCGCCUACCAUGAAGACUUGAGUCAACAUUUAAUUGAGUCCUCAUUGCCCAUUGUUCAUCAUUUCAACUAUUUCACCUCAGGUACUGUGCUCCAUAUUAUUGGUCUCUCAUUUCAGGGCAUGAUAAUAAUUAGCAUGUGGCUACUUAUCUCUGAAAAACCGUGGAUAGUCAACGUUGUUCUUUAA